AUGAUGGAAGAUAUGGUGAACAGAGUAUGGGAAAGCGUUGUCUAUCAGUGCAACUCACCCAGUUUUGCUGAAUGCUUCGGCCCCAAUGUAAUCACAAAUAGAGAUCAGUUGAUUUUUAUGCUCAUUGACUAUUAUCACAUAUUAACUUUACAUGGUGGAGUGCAGUUGACGAUUAUUACUCUCCGUCAAACGUACUGGAUUGUAAGUGGUAGACGGACUGUAAGAGCUGAGCUUACUCGUUGCAUCACUUGUGAAAGAUAUGAGUCUAAAUCACAAACUCAGUUAAUAGGAGACUUGCCUUGUUCUCGUGUUACUCAGAGUUCUCCUUUUCAAAAAUCAAGGAUCGAUUAUGCUAGCCCCUUUUCAAAACGCUUGUCAAAACACAAGGGUAAAGGAACUUUCAAGGGUUACAUUGCAGUUUUUAUCUGCAUGUCAACUCGUGCAGUACAUCUUGAAGUUGUAGAGGAUUAUACAAAGGAGGCCUUUAUAGCUGCCUUUCACAGAUUUUUUUCUAGACGGGGCCAGUGCACAGAUUUAUUCAGUGAUCAUGGCACGAAUUUCAUCGGUGCUGAUACUGAGUUGAAACGAAUGUUAAUAAAACGUAGUCGUGACCCUAAUUUUGCCUAUGAAUUAGGUAAAUCAGGCACACAGUGGCACUUCAUUCCUGCUUCUGCUCCACAUUUUGGAGGUUUAUGGGAAUCAGCACCAGACCAUGUGUCGUACGCAUUCAACUACAUGGAUACUGUCAACACAUGCUCUUUCUUGCUUAUCAAAACAGAGCACCCAAAAAUAUUCUUACUGACCAACCCCAAGAAGCAGAGCUUUCUAGCAGAAAAAAGUAUCGAUAAACAACACUUCAGAGAACAAAUGGAAGAACUUGACAGAGAUAUACUGUUAAAACAGUGA